UGGGGAUGAAGGGGUUCUGAAGCUGCAGUAUACGGUCCAGAACCCUGAGCUCCACAGCAUUCCAUCAAAACACACUGUAUUACCUUGUAUACAUUCCAUCCAUAAACUGCACUCCCCGUAAAUAUUCUGCACAUCAUUAACCCAAAAUAUUAACACCAGAGCGCAAUAUGGACAUCGAAAGGCAAGUGAUAAAUUUUGGUGCUGGUCCAGCCAAGCUUCCCCCAUCGGUUUUACUGGAAUCACAGAAGGAACUCAUUGAUUAUAAAGGACUUGGUAUCAGUGUUUUGGAAAUGAGCCACAGAUCAUCGGAUUUCACUAAGAUUUUGAACACGACUGAGGUCUUGUUACGUGAGUUGCUGGACAUUCCACAGAACUACAAGGUGCUUUUCCUCCAAGGAGGUGGGAGUGGACAGUUUAGUGCUGUUCCUCUUAACCUGAUUGGUCUAAAAGAAGCCAGAUGUGCUGACUAUAUAGUUACUGGAGCUUGGUCAGCGAAGGCAGCCAAAGAAGCAGAAAAGUACGGAAAAGUAAAUAUUGUUCACCCAAAGCUUGGGAGCUAUACAGAAAUCCCUGAUCCAAGCAGCUGGAACCUGAAUCAAGAAGCAUCUUAUGUAUAUUACUGUGCUAAUGAGACAGUUCAUGGGGUGGAGUUUCAGUUUGUCCCUGAUGUUAAGGGAGCUGUGCUGGUUUGUGACAUGUCCUCAAACUUCCUUUCUAAACCAAUUGAUAUUACCAAGUUUGGUGUCAUUUUUGCUGGAGCUCAAAAGAAUGUUGGUUGUGCUGGAGUCACGGUUGUGAUAGUGAGAGAAGAUUUAAUGGGCCAUGCACUGAAGGAAUGCCCUACAAUUCUGGAUUACAAUAUUCAAGCUGGAAAUGCUUCUUUGUAUAACACCCCACCAUGUUUCAGUAUCUACAUAAUGGGACUGGUGUUAGAAUGGAUCAAAAAUAAUGGAGGGGCUGCCUCCAUGGAAAAGUUAAGCAUCAUCAAAUCCGAAAUGAUUUACGAUGCAAUUGAUCAAUCCAAUGGAUUAUUUGUGUGUCCUGUGGAGAAACAAAGCAGGAGCAGAAUGAAUAUUCCUUUCCGUAUCGGAAGUGCUAAAGGAGAUAAUGUCUUAGAGAAACAAUUUCUUGACAAAGCUGCUCAGCUUGGAAUGAUGUCUCUUAAAGGACAUAGAUCCGUAGGAGGUAUCAGAGCAUCUCUGUACAAUGCUGUAACUAUAGAAGAGGUUCAGAAGCUGGCAGAUUUCAUGAAAGAUUUCAAGGAGACGCAUCAGUGAAAAACAGAAGAACGAAAUUUACCUUGUUCUUCUUAUACAUCACUACCGAACACACAUGGCACUUAUGAAUAAGCUAUUUACAUUGUUUAUAAAUAGUUUUUUUGCAAACUAGUAACUUUCUUUUGUAUUUACAGAGGAAAAAGUAUAUGUUUAUCUACAUAUCUGUUUAUUUAGAUAUAUUCCUUGACCAGAGGAGACUGUGUUUAAAUGAUUCAAUUCAGUGGCAUUUUGUAAUUGUAUAUACUUUUCCACUGCAUGAAAUUAUCAUGCUUUCUUUUUUGUGUCCACAACAUGGAAUCUCUACACUGCCUGUAGGAUGAACAUCCACUUAUUGUAAUUCCAUUCUGAUGCACAUGCUGCUCAUUUUUACAGUGAAUAUGGCAAUCUAGCGUUUUCUGAAAAACAGUAAUUGUGGAAAGUAGAGAAGGGGAGUCCAAAUUUUAGUAAAUCAGAUCAGAAAAAUUCUCCAAACUUGUCUUAAUUGCAUCGUUAAUUCCACAUAUGUGUUGCGUGUGUGUAGAAGACACACAAUAGAAUUGUUUAUUUUGAGACGGUUUAACUUUUUUUUUUUUUUUUGUCUGUACAUAGAGGUCAAACAUUUUGUUCAAAUAUAAUCGAAAAUUGUACCUGCAUAUUUUUCUAUGCAUUUCCAAAUGGCAUAAAUAAACAAUCUUGUACUGUGAUUUACUAA